UCUCCUUGUUUGCCAUGAAAAAAAAAUAAAUGACUGGUUAAUAUAUAUUCGGGUUAAAAAAACAAAAAAAGAAAAGAAAAGAAAAGAAAAAGAAGAAAAGUUUCAAAUGCAAAUGAAAAUAAAAAACCCUAUCCACCUCCACAGUUUCUUUUUUUUAAACCCCUGCGACGAGCUCUCUCUCCGCCACCGUCUAUGGCUUCGUAACUAUCCUCUCAACCCAUCUUCAGAGACACCACCGUUUCUCUAUAUAAAUCCCACAAAAAAGAAGAUGAUGUCAACAGCUUCAAGAUUAUUCUCACUCGUUGGAGCCUCAAUCUUCCGCUACAACACAAACCUCUUUCCUUCUUCUUCUUAUUCUUCCCAAACCCUCCGUUUCCACCUUUACAGGUCUCCUUCUUCCUUUUCUUUUUAUUCUUCUGCUGCAACAGUCGAUUCUGUCAGUACCCACAACAGAGAAACUUCUGAUUCUGAUUCUUCUUCUGAUUCUGAUGCUGAUCCUCCGCACCCGUGGCCUGAAUGGGUCACUUUGGUCGACCGCUUGAAUGCCAAAGGCUACUUGGUUCAAACUCCUUCCUUGUUGCCGACACCGGUGGUGGUGGAAGACGACGGCGAUGGUGGUGGUGAAAUUGCAAUGAGUGAUGUGAUUUCUUACAAGGACCUCAACACCUUGCAGGACGCUUGUCUAAGUUUUGCUCAUGAACGCUUUGACAUUUUCAAAUCAUUGCCUCAAAAGGAUAUUAAGACUGUGGUUGAGGCCGGAUGCCCUAAUCUUUUCCGAAAAUCUGUUAAUUCAGCAAAAAGGUUGAGAGCAUACCUUAAUCUCGAAGAAGCAGAUGUAUGUGCUGCUUGUAAUAUUCGAGGAUCAUGUGAUAGAGCAUAUGUUACACUAAAGGAACCCGGAACACCGGCACGCACAGUGGAUAUUGUGCGGAUUGUAUUGUUCUAUGCACUAGAUCCACUUGUUAUUGAAGGAGGAGAAAAGCCUCCUGGUAGACAACUUGUUGAAUUGUCAGUGAGAAGUUUGAUUUCUAACUUGAUUGAGUUGAGCGAGACGACCCUUGAUCACACACUUCCAAAACCUGCUGGAAAAGUUCCCCAGCAAAAGAAACAAUCCACGCAUGAUGAAUUAUCUCAAGAGGUUGAAAUGAAGAGAGGAGAUUGGAUUUGUCCCAAAUGCAAUUUCAUGAACUUCUCUAGAAAUAUACAAUGUAUUAAAUGUAACGAAGGCGGCCCUAAAAAAGUUGGUGCAGAUGUUGAAAUGAAGAAAGGAGACUGGGUCUGCUCUGAAUGUAAAUUCAUGAACUUUUCUAGAAAUACCAGAUGCCUGAAAUGCAAAGCGAAUGGGCCUGAGAGGGUUUCUGUAGGUGAUGUUGAAAUGAAGAAAGGAGAUUGGAACUGCCCAAAGUGUGAGUUUAUGAAUUUUGCAAGCAACACCAAGUGUUUGCGUUGCCGUGGGCCACGUCCCAAGAGAGAGCUGGUUCCCGGAGAUUGGGAGUGCCCCAAAUGUGAUUUUGUGAAUUACAGAAGGAACAUGGUCUGCCGGAAGUGCGAUUGUGAGCGUCCUAAAGUGGCCGCGGCACAGUAUGAAGAUCAGUUAUGGAGGAAGCCCAGAUAGGUAGCCAAGCUUCUUUUGAAAAGCGGCAAUACUGAUUCAUGCACGGAGAGAAGUUGAUGAUGAGAACUUUUUCAAGAUAAAAUUCCCUACAAUUGACUUGUGCAUUUAGAUUUGGUUGGUAUUCUGCUGUCACAGAGAAGAUAAUCAAGGUGGGAUAUGCUUUCCUCUCUAAUUUUGUUGAUUUAGAUGAACUUUUUUGGGCAUUGUUGGCUGUGUAAUUUGGCAUUUUGCCACUGGUUGGUCCUCUUUUGUUAGUGUUUUAGGAUGAAAAUUGAAAAGCAUUUGGUAGUUAA